AUGAUAGACGGCCAACUGUGUCCCAGACGCCUGCAGGUGCUGGUGUUAGUCAGCGACCUCGAGGUCCGUCGUUCCCCAGCCAGCGGCGUGCUCCUCAUCAUAAUGCGGUGUUUAAGAUGCGCGGCCAUCGCCGGCAAUGGAGUCAGCCCUGAUGCUCUGGGUCGCAAGCCUCACCUUGCUCUCUUUCGGCGACCACGUUAA